AUGACGGCAGAUGCCGAAAAGGUCGCAGCAAGAACAUAUGAUUACAUUGUGGUUGGAGGAGGCACAGCAGGGUGUCCUCUAGCAGCAACUCUGUCACAGAAUUAUUCUGUUUUGCUAUUGGAAAGGGGAGAUUCCCCCUAUGGAAAUCCCGACGUUAAAGACAAUAAAGGCUUUUUCAAAAUUUUGGGUAACGCCAGUGAGUUCCCUUCUGUCGCUGAGGGAUUUGUCUCAGAAGAUGGAGUGCAGUUGGUAAGGGGAAGAGUUCUUGGAGGUGAUACAGCCAUCAACGCUGGCUUCUACAGCAGGGCGAGCUUUGACUAUAUCCGGAAGAUGAAGUGGGAUGAGAAGCUUGUAAAUGAGUCCUAUGAAUGGGUUGAGAAAAAGAAUGCUUUCAAACCAAACAAGCUUUUUCGGUGGAGUUCUGCUGUGAGGGAUGCACAGUUGGAAGCUGGAGUGCUUCCUUACAAUGGCUAUACUUUGGAUCAUUUGGAGGGCACCAAGAUUAGUGCUUCAACCAUUGACAACGAUGGGAGGAGACACACAGCUGCAGAUCUUCUGCAAUAUGCAAAUCCAGAUAACAUUGUAGUUCUUCUCAAUGCUACUGCCAGUAGAUUGCUCUUCAACUCCUCAUCAGGAAAAGUGAAGGUUACUGGUGUCGACUUUAUGAGUAGUGUUGAUGGUCACUCUUAUCAAGUAUUAAUCAAUCAAUUUUCACAUAGCAGUGAGGUAAUUUUGUCAGCAGGAAGUAUAGGUAGUCCCCAACUCCUCCUCUUAAGUGGAAUUGGCCCGUCACAACAACUUAAAGAGUUAAAUGUUUCUGUACUUCUAGAUUUGAAAUUUGUAGGAAAAGAGAUUCAAGAUCCACCGCGUGCAACAUUCACCAUUGCAUCCCCUAAACCACUUGAAUUCGCUCAAAUACAAGUAGUCGGUAUAGUAGACAAUUCACAAGUAUACAUUGAGUCUGCUAGCUAUUUCCUACAAGAAAAUGCAACCUAUGAAUAUCUAGGAAUUACUGCUAUCAAGGUGGCUUUUCCCUUAUCAAGGGGUGAGCUACGACUUAGAACUGCAAACCCUCAAGAUACUCCCUUUGUAAGGUAUAACUAUUAUUCUAAUUCAUAUGAUCUACAAGAAUGCAUAUUUGGUGUGAAGCUAAUGUCAAAUCUUAGCAAAACAACUUCUUUUCAAAAAUUUGCAAUUAAAGGUAGUGGAAACUCUAGUGUCCUUCACUUUAUUGGGUCAACAUUACCUCAAAAUCAAUCAGAUAGUAAAGCCUUUGCCAAGUUUUGUAGAGAUACACUGACAACAUUUUGGCACUACCAUGGAGGGUGUCAAAUUGAUUUAGUGAUCGACAAAAGGCAUCAUGUAAAAGGUGUUGACAAUCUAAGGGUUGUGGACAAUUCAAUUUUCAAGGACAGUCCGGGAACAAAUCCACAAGCCACUACCAUGAUGCUUGGAAGGUAUGUAGGAGUUCAUAUUCUUCAAGAGCGUGUCAACAAUUGA